CUGCACGUUCAGGUCGGUAGUCGCAGACGGAUAGUCACGAAUGUCGCAUUUGAAUCGUUAAAUUACGAUUUCAUGUUCGUGUCACGCAAUGUAAAAAGAAAGAAAUGUAGAAGGAAAUAGAAACAAAUCAUCUAUUGUUCGAUUUGGUGGAUCAGUUUCGAAUAUUGUUUCUUGUCGGAAUAUAUAUAUAUUGUUUCCGAUUACGUUUUGUUUGAUUGAAGAAGAAAAGAAUUUAAUUUCGAUAGGAUUCAUCAUUGAGAUUCUUAAUGUGUCGUGAGAAUAUUGCAAAAAGCUUGGCGAGAGAAAGGUCAAGGAGUUCGGACCACUUUUGGUGCACCAUCGGAGCUCGAUUUCCAGAGGGGCGAUAUUCUGCGUCUGACAUCUUUUUAACGAUGCCUACGCGCUCUUUUUCCAUCGUAAUAAACCAUCACGUGCUAGAAGCCUGGCUUCCAAUUUAUUCGAGUGGCCAACCCUUCUACGGCAAAGACGCUCGACGUUUUCACCGCGAAUGAACGGUGCGAAACCACGCUCGUUUCGAGAAGUUUUCCCUCCUUCUAACGCGAGCACAGAAUUCUGUUCCAUUUUUCCCAACCAUUUUAUGAAUAUUUCCAAUUCGAUCGACCUCGAGUUUAUCAUCGUGAAAAAAUUUUACCCUUUUCUUAUUGCUUGACCUUUUACGACCAAAUGAUGUAUUCUUCAACAACGUGUCUAUACCUUAGAACUUAUCGUUUUACCAACAAAGUCCACCUUUUUCACAUAGAUAAUAUACAUAUUACAUAAACUAUUCAUUCGAAAAUUAUAGAUGCGAUAGUAAAUUAUGAAUUUACAUCAAUUUCUGAAAAGUUUAUCAUCAUUUCCGAGGAUAUCCGUUUUUAGACAUUGAUUUCUUUUCGUCUUAGAAAUAUUUCCUUUAAAUUUUACUAUAACAAAUGUUCAACGAUCAUUGAAAUCGCCAUUGAUAAAAAAGUAUAAAAAAAUACUCGAGGAGAAAGUAAUACAAUUAUCAUCGUUGGUUGAAAUCAACUGGAAAAGCAAAGAUUUUACAAUUUCGAACGAAGCAAUUUCGAUAUUGUGACGUGUCUAUUUCGAUCGUUCCGGAAAUUCCGUCUCUCCAAUUUUAUAUAGAUCCAUCCUAUCUCUCCUGCUCGUUUUUUUUUUCGAGGAUCCGCGAAGAAGAUUUCACGGAAAGACGCGCGUUUGCGCAGGAGUCGAAGAAUCCUCGCUCUCUGGAUCCUCGAUAUAUCCGAGGUGGUAAGCGAAACUCGGGAUUGUUCGGUCGUGGCUCGUUCAACGUGCACCGGUUGGACUCUUUGAUUUCUUCCAUAGUUGUAGCAACAGGUAGGGCGCGUGGGAUACCACGAAAUUUCGUCAAAGUCGAUCUCGUUUGUUGUGAGAGAAAAAGUGAAAUUUAGACCGACUUUUUCCACGGGCUAAUUGGGCUAAUUUUUAAGUUUAAGUAAAUUUCUAAAAAAAAAAAGCUAUAGUGUCUGUGCGGGGGUAAAAACAAAUCGAGUACGAUUAUGGAUUUAUCAACUCUCCCGAUUUUAUCGGCGAAUUAAUUAUUUUUGUUCAUCGUUCGACGACGAGUAUUACAAAGAAAUAUUAAUAUAGAAUAUAGAAAUUUGUGAUUUCGUGUUAUUGAGAUUAAUCGAGGGAGAUAGAAAGGUAGAAGAGACUUGUGAUAAUUGUGAAAAAAUAAAUCAUCGCGUUUUUUCGAGAAUAGAACGGAUCAUCAUGGAUAUUCAAGAGUUUCGUGUACGUGGUAAGGAGAUGGUGGAAUAUAUAUGCGAGUUCAUGAGCAAUAUUCACAAUCGGAGAGUAACACCGGACGUUGGCCCCGGAUAUUUGAGACCCCUCCUACCAUCGGAAGCACCGCAACAACCCGAGCCUUGGGAGAACAUUAUGAGGGAUGUCGAAUCGAAGAUCAUGCCUGGUAUUACUCAUUGGCAACAUCCGAGAUUUCACGCGUAUUUCCCAGCCGGAAAUUCCUUUCCAUCGAUUCUUGGUGAUAUGUUAUCGGACGCAAUAGGUUGUAUUGGAUUUUCAUGGGCUGCCAGCCCAGCCUGCACCGAGCUCGAGACGAUAGUCUGCGAUUGGUUCGGGAAAGCUAUUGGUCUACCGACGGACUUCCUUUAUUUCAGUCCUGGUAGCAAGGGAGGUGGCGUGAUACAAGGAUCAGCUUCAGAGUGUAUUUUAGUGUGCAUGCUAGCAGCGAGGGCGCAAGCAAUUGCAAGGUUGAAAGAAUCGGCUGCACACGCACACUUGGACGAAACUGCCCUUCUUGGAAAAUUGAUGGCUUAUUGCAGUCGCGAAAGUCACAGCUCCGUCGAGAAGGAUGCAAUGAUUUGUUUCGUGAAACUGAGAAUUCUAGAACCUGACGAUAAAAGUGUUUUACGUGGUGAAACUUUGCGUCAGGCAAUCGAAGCUGACACAGCCGAAGGAUACAUCCCCUUCUUCGUUUCCACCACUUUAGGCACGACUGCUUGUUGCUCCUUUGACAAUCUCAAAGAAAUCGGUCCAGUUUGUAAAAAAUAUCCAGGCGUGUGGUUGCACGUCGAUGCAGCUUACGCGGGCAAUUCUUUCAUCUGCCCGGAAUUGAAGUACCUGAUGGCUGGUAUCGAGUACGCGGAUUCUUUCAACACCAACACGAAUAAAUUCCUAUUGACGAACUUCGAUUGUUCCUGCCUAUGGGUCCGGGAUAGAUUCAAAUUGACCAGCGCGUUGGUCGUCGAUCCUCUUUAUCUCCAGCACACUCACGCGGAUACAGCUAUCGAUUACAGACAUUGGAGCAUACCCCUUAGCCGAAGAUUUCGUUCCUUGAAACUGUGGUUCGUGAUGAGAAGUUACGGGAUAUCCGGUUUACAGGCCUACAUUCGAAAUCACGUGCAACUAGCUAAAAGAUUCGAGGCUUUGGUUAGGAAGGAUACGAGAUUCGAACUUUGUAACGAGGUUGUGUUGGGAUUGGUCUGUUUCCGUGCAAAAGGUUCCGACAAACUGAAUCAGAAACUGCUUAGCACCAUCAAUGAUUCUGGAAAGUUGCACAUGGUCCCGGCAAGAGUGAAUCAACGGUUCACUAUUCGUUUCGCGCUUGCCGCGCCGAAUGCCACCGCUUCUGACGUUGAGACGGCGUGGAGUAUUAUAACGGAUUAUCUGGCCGAAUUAUUAGAGUCCAAGGAUGUUAUGGACGAAUUGGCAGAUAUUCGCGAGAAGAAAAGGAAAGCCACUUUGGAGCAAAGAAGAUCGUUCUUCGUUCGAAUGGUGUCCGAUCCUGCGAUCCAACCGGGAUUCACGAAGACACCGAACAGGACUGGGGCGAAAUUGGACACCCAAGCGACGAUCGGUGGUAUUGGCUCGAAUCCUCAUUCCACCACACGUUCGUGGAUAUCCUGGCCGCUCGCUUAUUUGAUGCAGGCGAAAGAUGCUGCUGAUACCAGUGAAUUGUCGCUUAGAUUUCGUCAUCUGGACACUAUGGUUCGCUUGAAAGCAAGCGGUACCGGAAGUCGUCGCGGUAGCAGCAACGGUUGCAGCCCGGAUCCAUCGCCGUCCGCCUCGCCGUCCCGCGGAAGAUCACCGAACGGAAGGGCGUAAAAUAUCUCGCGUUUGUCCAAAAAUUGUCUUUUUCUAAACUUUUCCCCAAAAAGGUGUAUCUAUAGAAACGAGGAUUGAAACGAUGGACGACAAAAAAAUCGACGAAAAGGAAUUUAAAAAAAAAAUGAUGAAACGAAGAAUGGUAGACGAUACAUCUCUAAAAAAAUUCUCUUAAAAUUGCUCAGCGAAGAAACGGACGAAGAAACACUCGAAAUCGAUCGACGAUUAUAGAUUGUAAUAAUCCCAUUGCCACCUUUUUUCCUUUGUUUCAGUCACUUUUUCGGAAACUUGUGCGCAAGUUAGUUGCAAGAUUCGCAUUCUCGACCGAAGGAAGCGCUCGAUAAAAUAUAAGUACAUCUUCUUUACUUGCUUAUCGAUCUGUUUAUAUAAGUCUGCUCUCUUUGGAUCGCGACAGAGAUGCGUUACCACCAUGCGGAACACGCUACAUGUGUAACAUAUUACUCUAUUAAAAUGUACUUACAUAUAUGAUAUAUAAAGCGUGCAUACAUCGACAUAGUAAAAAAAAAAGAAAAAAAAAAAAUUUCAGAAGUAAAAUAAUCAACGUCCCGAUUAUUCACCAUCGUCUCGAAAUGCAAUCGUUUUCUGUCGUUCACGGAGAUAUAAUCUGUAAAUUGGGCCGAGUAGGGGAAGGAGUUAGAAUAAAAAAUAUGAGACGGAAACUCGUGGCUCGGGAAUAUCGAAAAAAAGUCAUAAAGUGCUGUUCGUUAUUCGAUCGAAAAGGUUGGGGUCACUGAGGGUGAGCCGAUGCACCUGGACCGCCCAGUUUGCUUGAAUAUCGUUUUUCUCUCCCUCCCUCCCUCCCUCUCUCUCUCUCUCCCUCUUCCUCCGGCUAAAUAUGACAUUUAUUCAAUUUCGUUUCGAUUCCGUUUUGGUAAAGCUCGUUUGCGCAAACGACGAUGUCUCGUUCCGGAAGCAGAAGCGUUGAAUACGUGAUUCUAAUCGAAUAUCGUGAUCGGCCAUUCCCUCUCAAAAAAAAAAAAAAAAAGAAAAAAUACAAC